UCCGCCUCCGUGGUGAGGAGGAGGAGGAGAAAAAGGAGGAGGCGGAGGGAGGAGGAGGAGGCCCCGUCGCGGCCUUCGCCGCCGCCAACGGGGCUGUCCCUGUGAGCUCCCGAUGGAGUUUGAGGCCGUGAAGCCGCCGCCGUGCUCUGCCCCGGCGAGACGAGGCGCCUCCGUCGCCGAGCCGCGCCGUCGCGGGGCUCCCGGGAGCGGCGCUUAGCGACCCCGCCCGGGCCCCCUCAGCUUACAAAACACUACACAGCAAAAUAAUGAUCUGCUAGACUGCUAACCCGAGCAUCCAACUUCCACAAUGCCUGUGCAGGCAGCUCAAUGGACAGAGUUUCUGUCCUGUCCAAUCUGCUAUAAUGAAUUUGAUGAGAAUGUGCACAAACCCAUCAGUUUAGGUUGUUCACACACUGUUUGCAAGACCUGCCUGAAUAAACUUCACCGGAAAGCGUGUCCGUUCGACCAGACUGCCAUUAACACAGACAUUGAUGUGCUUCCUGUCAACUUUGCACUUCUCCAGUUAGUUGGAGCCCAGGUACCAGAUCAUCAGUCAAUAAAGUUAAGUAAUUUAGGUGAGAAUAAACACUAUGAGGUUGCAAAGAAAUGUGUUGAGGAUUUGGCGCUCUACUUAAAACCAUUAAGUGGAGGGAAAGGUAUAGCUAGUUUGAACCAGAGCGCACUGAGCCGUCCAAUGCAAAGGAAACUGGUGACUCUUGUAAACUGUCAGCUGGUGGAGGAAGAAGGCCGUGUCAGAGCCAUGCGAGCCGCCCGUUCACUUGGAGAAAGAACUGUAACAGAGCUGAUAUUACAGCAUCAGAACCCUCAGCAGCUGUCUGCCAAUCUGUGGGCUGCUGUCAGGGCUCGAGGAUGCCAGUUUCUAGGGCCAGCUAUGCAAGAAGAAGCCUUGAAGCUGGUAUUAUUGGCAUUAGAAGAUGGCUCUGCUCUCUCAAGGAAAGUUUUGGUACUUUUUGUUGUGCAAAGACUAGAGCCAAGAUUUCCUCAGGCAUCAAAAACAAGUAUUGGUCAUGUUGUACAACUACUCUAUAGAGCUUCUUGUUUUAAGGUUACCAAAAGGGAUGAAGACUCUUCCCUGAUGCAGUUAAAGGAAGAAUUUCGUAGCUAUGAGGCAUUACGCAGAGAACACGAUGCCCAGAUUGUUCAUAUUGCCAUGGAAGCAGGACUUCGAAUUUCACCUGAGCAAUGGUCCUCACUUUUAUACGGUGACUUGGCCCAUAAGUCACAUAUGCAGUCUAUUAUUGAUAAGCUGCAGUCUCCAGAGUCAUUUGCAAAGAGUGUCCAAGAGUUGACAAUUGUUUUGCAACGAACAGGUGACCCAGCUAACUUAAAUAGACUGAGACCUCAUUUAGAGCUUCUUGCAAACAUAGACCCCAAUCCAGAUGCUGUUUCACCAACUUGGGAGCAGCUAGAAAAUGCAAUGGUAGCCGUUAAAACAGUGGUUCAUGGUCUUGUGGACUUCAUACAGAAUUAUAGUAGAAAAGGCCACGAGGCGCCUCAGCCACAACCAAACAGCAAAUACAAGACCAGUAUGUGCCGAGAUCUGCGCCAGCAAGGAGGAUGUCCUCGAGGAACGAACUGUACAUUUGCCCAUUCUCAGGAAGAACUUGAAAAGUAUCGAUUAAGGAAUAAAAAGAUCAAUGCGACUGUAAGAACAUUUCCUCUUCUAAAUAAAGUUGGUGUAAACAACACGGUUACAACCACAGCCGGAAAUGUCAUUUCUGUCAUAGGAAGUACUGAAACAACGGGGAAAAUUGUUCCAAGUUCAAAUGGAAUUUCAAGUGCAGAAAACAGUGCUUCUCAGCUGAUCCCACGUAGUACCGACAAUACGCUAAGAACUCUGGAAACUGUGAAGAAAGUGGGAAAGGCUGGCACCAAUGGUCAGAAUGCUGCGGGGCCCGCUGCGGAGUCUGUAACUGAAAAUAAAAUUGGUUCUCCACCCAAGACUCCUGUAAGUCAUGUGGCUGCUACCUCAGCUGGGCCCUCUAACGUUGGAACAGAGCUGAGUUCUGUGCCUCCCAAAUCCAGUGCAUUUCUGACUAGAGUACCAGUGUAUCCUCAGCAUUCUGAAAACAUUCAGUAUUUUCAAGAUCCAAGAACUCAGAUUCCCUUUGAAGUCCCGCAGUACCCACAGACAGGAUACUACCCACCACCUCCAACGGUACCAGCUGGUGUGGCUCCCUGUGUUCCUCGCUUUGUGAGGUCCAAUAAUGUUCCAGAAUCCUCCCUCCCACCUGCUUCCAUGCCAUAUGCUGAUCAUUACAGUACAUUUUCCCCUCGAGAUCGAAUGAAUUCUUCUCCUUACCAACCUCCUCCUCCGCAGCCGUAUGGACCAGUUCCUCCAGUACCUUCUGGAAUGUAUGCUCCUGUAUAUGACAGCAGGCGCAUCUGGCGCCCACCUAUGUACCAACGAGAUGACAUUAUCAGAAGCAAUUCUUUACCUCCGAUGGAUGUGAUGCACUCAUCUGUCUAUCAGACAUCUUUGCGAGAAAGAUAUAACUCAUUAGAUGGCUAUUACUCAGUGGCUUGUCAGCCACCAAGUGAGCCGAGGACAACUGUGCCUUUACCAAGGGAACCUUGUGGUCAUUUGAAGACUAGUUGCGAAGAGCAGAUCAGAAGAAAGCCAGAUCAGUGGGCACAGUACCACACUCAGAAAGCUCCUGUCUCUUCAACUCUUCCUGUGGCAACACAGUCUCCAACACCACCUUCUCCUCUAUUCAGUGUAGACUUUCGCACGGAUUUCUCUGAGAGUGUGAGUGGUACAAAAUUUGAAGACGAUCAUCUUUCCCAUUAUUCUCCCUGGUCUUGUGGCACCAUAGGCUCCUGUAUAAAUGCUAUUGAUUCAGAACCCAAAGAUGUCAUUGCUAAUUCAAAUGCUGUGUUAAUGGACCUGGACAGUGGGGAUGUUAAGAGAAGAGUACAUUUAUUUGAAACUCAGAGAAGGACAAAAGAAGAAGACCCAAUAAUUCCUUUUAGUGAUGGACCCAUUAUCUCAAAAUGGGGUGCAAUUUCCAGAUCCUCCCGUACAGGUUACCAUACCACAGAUCCUGUCCAGGCGACUGCUUCCCAAGGAAGUGCAACUAAGCCCAUCAGUGUAUCAGAUUAUGUCCCUUACGUCAAUGCUGUUGAUUCAAGGUGGAGUUCGUGCAGCAGCGAGACCACGUCGUCAGCACACUAUGUUGAACGGGACAGGUUCAUUGUUGCUGAUUUAUCUAGUCACAGAAAGCAUUCCAGCACUGGAGACCUCCUGAGCCUGGAGCUUCAGCAGGCCAAGAGUAAUUCAUUACUUCUUCAGAGGGAGGCUAAUGCUCUGGCCAUGCAACAGAAGUGGAACUCCCUGGAUGAAGGCCGUCACCUUACAUUAAAUCUUCUAAGCAAGGAAAUUGAACUGAGAAAUGGAGAGAGUGAUUAUACAGAGGACGCAGCAGAUACUAAACCCGACAGGGAUAUUGAACUAGAGCUUUCAGCACUUGAUACUGAUGAACCAGAUGGACAAAGUGAACAAAUUGAAGAGAUCUUGGACAUGCAACUUGGUAUUAGUUCUCAGAAUGAUCAGUUGUUGAAUGGAACAGCAGUGGAAAAUGGACAUCCAGCACAACACCAGAAGGAGUCCCUGAAGCAGAAGAGACAGAGUUUAGGUGAAGACCCUGUGAUUCUGGAGGAGCAAAAGACGAUUCUGCCAGUAACUUCUUGCUUUAGCCAGCCACUGCCAGUGUCCGUCAGCAGUGCAGGCUGCCUGCCCAGCACCACGUCCGUCAGUGUGGGUAAUCUCAUUCUGAAAACUCAUGUGAUGUCUGAAGAUACAGCCGACUUUUUAAAACCUGUUGCAAAUGGGAAGAUGGUUAACAGCUGAAAGGAAGUUCAUCUUUUAAAUCUGUGACCACAUCAUGGAAGCAUUUACACUAGCUUUUUAUAUAUAUAAUAUAUAUUAUAUAAUGUAUAUUUUUUUUAAAAAAAAGAUAUUACUGGGGGCAUUCAUUUCCUGUGGACUCUUUGAUACUUCGAGCCCUCUUGCAUUAGCAUUAUGGAAAAAAAAAAAAGAAAAUUUACUUUGCUAGGAUAACACGUUCACUUUCCAGAAGUGAUUGGAAUUUGGACAACAUUUAACUUAAGCUUCAAGCAGCUUUUUAUGAGUUUGUAGCAAUCCGGUGCAGUAACUGAGCCAUUUCCUAUUUUAAAUGGCUUCUAUAGAAAAUUAACAACUCAGUUAUUAAACUAGCAGGAUCCUACAAUGAUACAUCUAGUGAAAGUAGACUUAAUUAACUUAUUUAUUUCUAUUUUAUGUUUCACUGAGAAAUUUCCAUCUCAUUCCAGCUGCUUUAUUUAUCUUUUUCAUGGGACUUUGCAUGGAUUUUUUUUUUUUUUUUCAUUUUUUAUUUGAAGAGUGGAGUUAGGCAUUCUUACCAUAGAAUUUUACAGGGUUAUAUACUAGCUUUCUUUACUGCAUUGUAUGUAGGAGUGUGGUGCAGUGCUUUUAUCUGUAGCAUUGAAAUUUUUUUUUAAUUUUCCAUUUUCAAGAAUAGUUUCUGCUUUGUUGAUAUUUAUACGCAGGCUACUUGUUGAAGUAAUUAAUUAAAAAUAUAACCAAGUGCCUAAGUCUUUCAGCUGAUGUACUAGAUAUUAAAUUCUCCUAAGUUAUGCAGAAUCGUUUUUACAAUUUUGAUAAAUUAUGCACUAAUGUAAUGGCAGAUUUUUAAAAUGCAGAUUUAAGCCUGUACAUUAUUGAAUCUGAUGACUUGGCAAAAGAAUCCGGUGCUUUCAGCUCUCUUGAGAAAACCCUGUCUGUAGCGUUUGCACUGACUAAUGAGAUGGGAUUGCUGGGUUUUUAAGUUAAACUAAUUAAUUUGGGUGUUCAUUGCGUUAUCUUGGUUAAAUAUUGUUUAGUGCUACUUCAUGUUGGGGUUUAAUUUUUCCUUUUUUUUUUUUUUACUAUUAGGUUGAUAAGACUAUGAACCAUGUAAUAGUAGAACAUUGGCUAGCAUUUAUUCAUACUAAACAUGAAUAAUUUCUGCCUUGCUAAAAUGUGACUGAAAUAGUUUUGACUUGACAGCGGAAAGUAUGCAGGAUAUUUAGCAAGCCAUUCCUCAGAUUUGUGGGAGAUAUUUUAUUGGAAACUAAAUUUCAGUCAGCAUUUGAAACAAUACGCUGGGCAUUCCUUCCUGGUGAUCUUCCCUAUAGUAUGUCUUUUGUUUUGCCUCCAUUUCUUUCAGAUUAGUUUGACUUUUAUUAUUAUUUUUAAUUAACUUCUGUGAAGUUGUUUACUCUGAGAAUUGUACUGGAAUAUUUUAAGCCAAGCUGAUCUUUCACCAGGUGUACUGUAUGUAAGGGCUUUUCCUGCUAGCAAGAUGCUUAAACAGGAUCAUGUUAUUGGUCGUCUGAACUAUUUAGUUGUUUUACAAAACCACAGCAUUGUAUCAGAUAAGAUUUUGAUAAACAGUUUUGUGCACAUUUCCAGGGGU